AUGAAGCAUCAUCCGCAUGCAAUCCCCACUACCUCGAUACAUUGCAUCCAUCACAUAAAUAAACUACAUAAACUUCAUAUAAGAGAGAAAGAGAGAGAGAGAAAACAACAACAACAACAACAACAACAACAACAACAACAACAACAACAACAACAACAACAACAACAACAACAACAACAACAACAACAACAACAACAACAACAACAACAACAACAACAACAACAACAACAACAACAACAACAACAACAACAACAACAACAACAACAACAACAACAACAACAACAACAACAACAACAACAACAACAACAACAACAACAACAACAACAACAACAACAACAACAACAACAACAACAACAACAACAACAACAACAACAACAACAACAACAACAACAACAACAACAACAACAACAACAACAACAACAACAACAACAACAACAACAACAACAACAACAACAACAACAACAACAACAACAACAACACCAACAACAACAACAAUUGCACCAACCGCAAUUCUCCAGCACCAUCACCAACACCAGCAACGGCAGUAAUAGCACCAGCAGCAACAAUCUCAGCAACAGCAGCACCAACAACACCAACAUUACCAACAGCAGCAGCAGCAACAACAAAAGCAUCAGCGAUAGCAGCAGCAGAAGUAUCAACAGCAAUUGA